GGCUAGUACAAUAAUUUUUUUUUUUUUUCCACCACGGCAGUUCAUCUUUUUAGGAGCCCAAUCUCUUAUUAAUCAUCAUCGUGUGAUUCAUCAGCACUUGAAAUCAAACCCAAACGUAACAGUAGAAUACGGACCUAAAAUUUAUCCCAACCACUGGCUAUCCCGUGAUAGUUAGGCUAGUAUAAUAAUUAAACAACGUUGAAACUUUAUUAUAAAAAUCAAACCCAAUAUCAUGCACUUACAAAUAAAAUAUCACUAAACAGUGCUGACGAGGUGAAGGUCGGUGGCAACCCAUUAUUCUUCUGCUUUUCCUGGUUUUCCCCUCUGUUUCCCAACCCUUGUUCUUCCAUUUUAACCCUUCCUUGCUCCGAUCAUAAAAUUUCUUUUUCCGAUCUCCCUUAUCUUCUUCCCCCCACUGCCUUUCUCCAUGCGUUCACUAUUUUCUUCUUCUUUCUCUCCCACUUGGUUCGGCCUCUCUCGAUUUCACUUUUGAACCGAUCUGCUUCCACCUUGUUCCACCGUUUUCAACGGCUUUAUCAGAAGGUGUGUAGAUCUUCUGCUCGGGUGUUCGCACCACCACCUUCCACCCAUGUGUUGGUCUCGACACUGUUGUCAGUGGAUCCACUGACUUCCUCCCAUGUUUUCUACCAUUGGUGGCGACAAAUUGAUUCUUUGUGGAGCUUGAUUAAGGACGGCGUCUUCUCUUUUUGUUGGGGCUUGGUUGGAUUUCAUCUCCGAUGUUGGUUGGGAAGCUGGCUUGUGGUCACCAUGGAGUACUUUGGCCACGACGGGGGUACCAAGAGGCUAGGGUUUAGUUCAUAUAGUUUAUGUGCUUUUCCUUUUUGGGCAUGACCCUCGGGUUCGGUUGUUUGGUUGUUGUCUUGGAGGCCCAUCUUUUGUUCGGUUUUGUUGUGUUUAUGGGCUUUUGUUUAUGUUUGUUAUCAACAAAUUUUACCUUUCAUAAAAAUAAAAAUAAAAUAAAAAUAAAAAAUAAAAAAAACAAACAAACAAACAAACUAGAUAGUCUAACAGUAACAGUAACAGCAUCCAACUGAAAACCCCGCCAGCCAGCAACAAGCUAACGGCUGACAUCCAAUUCAUUAAUAAAUAAAUCGAUUCAAGAACGUGUUUAUUGAGGAAUAAAAAAAUUUAUCUUUAUCCAAUUCCUUUCCGAAGUUGCAGACCUUCAGAUUACUGAUCAGAUUCAACGAAUUCAAAAGCGACGGAAGAUUGAGAAAACGAUGUCGUCUCCGACCAACUCCGCCUCAGCAGUGACUAUACUUCACAACGCUACCAUCGUCACUAUGGAUUCCGACAGCCACGUCUUCCGCAACGGCGGGAUCGUCAUCGAGCGAGACGCGAUCAGAGCCGUCGGUCAGUCUUCCGAUAUACUCCGCCAGUUCUCCGCUCUCGCCCACCGGGUUGUCGAUCUCAACGGCCAAAUCGUCCUCCCUGGACUGAUCAAUACGCACGUGCACACGUCGCAGCAACUGGGAAGAGGGAUCGCAGAUGAUGUGGAUUUGAUGACGUGGCUGCACGAUCGGAUUUGGCCCUACGAGUCCAACAUGAGCGAGGAAGAUUCAUACAUUUCCACCUUGCUUUGUGGCAUAGAGCUCAUCCACUCUGGUGUAACUUGCUUUGCUGAAGCAGGAGGGCAACAUGUGUCGGGAAUGGCGAGGGCGGUGGAGUUGCUGGGGUUAAGGGCGUGUUUGGCUGAGUCCACCAUGGACUCAGGUGAUGGCCUGCCCAAGUCUUGGGCAGGCCGGAGCGCCGGUGAUUGCAUCCAGUCUCAGAAAGAGCUUUACAAGAAGCACCAUAACACCGGAAACGGGCGCAUCAGAGUGUGGCUAGGAAUUAGGCAGAUUAUGAAUGCAACUGAUGAUUUGCUGCUUGCAACAAGAGACACUGCCAAGGAACUGAAAACUGGAAUCCACAUGCAUGUUGCAGAGAUAGCAUACGAGAAUCAAUUUGUGACAGAGACGCGAAAAGUUGACCAUGGAACGGUAACACACUUGGAGAGUAUACAGUUUCUCCAGAACAAUUUGCUAGCUGCCCACACAGUUUGGGUUAAUCCUUCUCAGAUUGAUUGUCUUUCAAGGGGCGGGGUCAAAGUUUCUCAUUGCCCUGCUGCUGCGAUGCGAAUGCUUGGAUUUGCACCUAUUAGAGAGAUGCUGGAUGCUGGCAUCUGUGUCUCUUUGGGAACAGAUGGGGCACCCUCGAAUAAUAGAAUGAGCAUAGUUGAUGAGAUGUACCUGGCUUCUCUGAUUAACAAAGGACGGCAAGUUCAUACAAAUGGAACUACUGAUCCUACUGCUCUUCCUGCUGAAACAGUUCUUGAGUUGGCGACCAUAAAUGGUGCAAAAUCAGUACUUUGGGAUAAUGAAAUAGGAUCCCUUGAGGUCGGGAAAAAGGCUGACUUGGUUGUUAUCAAUCCUUCCUCUUGGACCAUGGUUCCUCUCCAUGACAGCAUUUCCAGCCUUGUGUACAGUAUGCGAACCGAAAAUGUAGUCUCUGUAAUGUGCAAUGGUCUGUGGAUUAUGAAGGAUAAGAAGAUUUUGAACGUGGAUGAGGAAGAAGUUCUUGCAAAGGCAAAGCAAGCUUCCGCAGAAAUUCUGAAGCGGGCAGGGAUCAAAAUACCAAGUAGAAUGAACUUUCUUUAGGCUCAACGCUCAAGAUACGCCACACGCGAGGCAAUGGAUAAAGAGGUCACUUCACGACAGUAUGCUGCUAUGCUAGAAGUAGGAGAUGUCGGUUUAUUGAACAUAGGAGGGAAGAGAAACGAGAGACACGAAUGCCAUAAACGAUAUCAGUUUGUCCAUCAGGGAAAUAAGUUUGAAACUUUGAAGUGUUGUAAGUGCCCGUUGAUUGAAUAAAAUUGGCAUUUGAAAAGAGAAACACAGGUUUGUAACACGAGAACUGAUUUAUGCAUUUUUUUAGGCCUAA